CUAGGCCACACUGGUGGUUGCAGUGUUAGAUCCGUCCGCCCGAGCCAGAGGACUGAAUGACCCCUACGCCACGCGCCAAUGUCCGACGAGUCGCCGGCGCCGGUCGCCGCGGGGGCCGAGAACAGCCAGCCCGCAGAACAGGCGGCAGGCGGGUGGGGAGGGUGGGGCCUCUCCAUCUUCUCCGAGAUCUCCCGCAACGCGGUGGAGGUCGCCAAGAGCGCCAUCGAUGACAUUCAGCAGCCGCCGGAGCAGGAGGCGGGACCCGGCGCCAGCGGCGGGGAGGAGAAAGAGAAGGAACCAGAGGGGGAGGAGGAGGAGCGCCGCAAGGCAGCGAUGGAGAACCUAGAGAAGGCAAGCGAGGACUCCAUCCUGGGCCAGGGGCUGAAGGUGUUUGAUAACUCGGUGGAGAGCAUCACGACCGGGACAUGGCAAGCGCUCGGGAGUGCAUGGAAGAGUGGCUCACUCUUUGUUCAAAAGUUGGAAAAUUCAGCUUCAAGCCUGGCUGAAACCAUUCAACAAGGAGAACUACCUUCCAAAGCAUCUGGGAUAGCACCAACCAUUUUAGAGGCAGGGAAGUCAUUUACAUCUAAAGGAAUGGAAGUGCUUGAACGUGUUGGAAAAGAGACAAUGGAGUUUAUCAUUGAAGAGACUGGUAUGGAAGUUGAUAAAGGUAGUACAGGUGAAGGUGACCAGAAGACAGAAGAUGAGCAAUUUGAAGAAGUCUCGUUUGACAGAUGCUUCUAUAUUUAUGGAGGACCUGAUCAAUUAGAGGAGCUGGAAGCACUAUCAAGCCACUAUGCAUUGUUGUUCAAUAGGAAGAAGGGAAAACUUAAUGCUGAGAAGAAAAUAUAUUAUGAUGCAAAGCUCAAAGAAAUACAACAGAUUUUUAGUCUUAGUACCAAUGUUGAGGAAGAUGGACCAGACUCUGACAAAGGGAAGAAGAUUGAAUCAGCUGCUACUGACGCUGAUGCUGAGAUGAAGAUGUUAACUGAAUCUAGUGUUAGCAAGGCUGCUAAGAUGGCUGCUGGGUUCACCACUGCCUUGGGUGGGCUUUCUACAAAUGAGAUUAUCAAACGAACUACUAAUAGGCUAGAGACCAUUCACUCAGAAGGUGUUCAUAAAUUAUCGGAGAUGUGCUGCCUCGCAGUUUCUCAGCUUCUGGUGCUUGGGAAGUCAGUAAUAUCUGCUGCCAAUAAAUCAAAGAACGAAGAUGAUGAAAACGACUUUAAAUUUGACUGGCCUGAAGAUUCUAUUUCAAAAGCUAAAAUAAUCCGAUGGAAGGCGCAAUCCAUCUCUGUGGAUAUGGAAAAGGUCUCUACUAGUUUUGCUACAGGAAUCUCGGAUAUUGCUGAAACUUAUGCAGCAGCUAUACAAAAUGGUCUCGCUGACAAGCAGGAUGAUCUCCCAAAUCAAAAAUCGGUGCAGGAGAAGGCUAAAUCCAUAUCCAACCUUCUGAAUUCCGAUCAGACUAGCGCUGUCAGCAAGCUACAAGACGCCCUGCAGUACCUGGCCUACGUCGUCGUUUGCACUUCCAUGCCAAGUGUGUAAUUGUGGAGCGCCUUCUUUCUGAACAUUGCCGCUAUUGUUAACCCUUUCUGUACAUUUGCGUGCGCUUUCGCUUCAGGGUUGCUAGAAUUAGGGCCUCAACCUACCGAGCCACUCUAGGUGUGUUUGUUGGUUGUCGUGUUUGUAUUUUGUGUCUCAUGACAAAUUGUUGCUCUCUAUUUUUCUCUGAGAACAAUGAAUUACUGAUGUUUAAUAUACAAGUGAAUUGAGAUGUUCAAUCA